GUUAUCUGCUAAUUUUCUUUGAGGGAAAAAAUACAAAAAGAUCAACAACAUUGAAGUAGCAAUUAUCUUCUUCCUCCAUGCUACUGCAGAAAGAACCUCUAAUUCUGUAGCCAAUCAGGGCCCAAACUAAACAAACAAGCAGAGGUGAGUUUCAUGAGAAUCAAGCAGCCACUCUAUUUUCUGAGCACAGCAACAUCAAACUGGCCAUGCUUUUUUGUAGUCUGGCGUUUGUCCUCCUGCUCUCCUUUGUCUCUCUAUCCACCUCCUGCACGGAGCAAGAAAGGAGCUCCCUCAUCGACUUCCGAGAUGGGCUCUCGCCGGAGGGCAAUGGCGGCCUCAACGUGUCAUGGAUCAACAGCACAGACUGCUGCCAAUGGGAAGGAAUCUUUUGCAGCACUGGUGGUGUGGUCACGGAUGUCUUGCUUGAUUCUGAAGGCCUCAAAGGCAGCAUCCCACCAUCCCUCAGCAAUCUCACCGGGCUGCUGCGCCUCAAUUUGUCCCGCAAUUCACUCGAAGGAAGUCUACCAGCAGAAUUGCUGUUCUCCAACAGUAUCCUUGUCUUGGAUGUCAGCUUCAACUACCUAUCUGGUCCUCUGCAAGAGCGGCGGCAAUCCUCAAAUUCUGGUCUUCCUCUCCAGGUAUUGAAUAUCUCAAGCAACUUCUUUAAAGGGCAGUUCCCAUCCACAACACUGGAAGUGAUGAAAAAUCUGGUUGCUCUUAAUGCAAGCAACAACAGUUUUACUGGAUCGAUGCCAUCUUCAGUUUGCAACUACGCCCCAUCAAUUGCCAUGCUUGACCUUUCUUUAAAUGAAUUCAGUGGCACUAUUUCCCCAGAGUUUGCCAGUUGCUCCAUGUUAAAAGUACUCAAGGCUGGCCACAACAACCUUACAGGGCUUUUACCUCAUGAACUUUUCAAUGCAACCUCAUUGGAGCAGCUCUCUUUUCCAAACAAUGACUUACGAGGGAUUCUUGAUGCUUCCAACCUAGUCAGGCUCAACAAUCUGAUCAUCCUUGAUCUUGGAUCAAAUGGGCUCAGUGGUAAUAUACCAGAUUCUAUGGGGCAGCUGAGUAGAUUGGAAGAGCUCCACUUAGACAACAACCUGAUGUCUGGAGAGCUACCAUCGGCACUAGGUAACUGCACAGGUCUCAGAUACAUCACCAUCAGAAAUAACAGUUUUAUGGGAGAUCUUAGCAGAGUUAACUUUUCCCGGUUGGAUCUGAGAACUGCAGAUUUUUCAAUGAACUACUUCACUGGUACAGUUCCUGAAAGCAUCUAUGCAUGUAGCAAUCUAAUUGCAUUACGGCUGUCUUUCAACAAAUUUCACGGACAGUUCUCACCAAGCAUUGCCAAUCUCAGGUUCCUCUCCUUCCUUUCAAUUGCCAAUAAAUCAUUUACAAAUAUCACAGAUGCACUUCACAAGCUCAAAAGCUGCAGCAACCUCACCUCCCUGCUUAUUGGAACCAACUUCAACGGUGAAACCAUACCGAAAGAUGAAGCAAUUGAUGGUUUUGGGAAUCUUCAGGUCCUGACUAUAGAUUCUUGCCCAUUGGUUGGGAAAAUCCCUCUUUGGAUAUCAAAUCUCACAAAGCUGGAGAUGUAAGAUUUAUCAAACAAUCUACUGACUGGACCAAUACCAUCCUGGAUUAAUAAACUGCAUCUCCUCUUCUAUCUAGACAUAUCAAACAACAGCCUUGCAGGGGAUAUCCCAAUUGCAUUGGUGAAUAUGCCAAUGAUACAAUAUCAGAAGAACGCUGUCCAGUUGGACCCCAAGUUCCUAGAGUUACCAGUAUAUUGGACACCGACACGUCAAUACCGGAUGCUCAAUGCUUUUCCCAUUUCAUUGAAUAUAGGCCACAAUAGAUUCACAGGUUCCAUUCCCACAGAGAUUGGUCAGUUAAAAAUGCUCGAUGUCCUAAACUUCAGCUCCAACAACUUAUCUGGAGAGAUACCAUGGCAAAUCAGCAACCUCACAAGCCUGCAAGUGCUAGACCUGUCAAACAACCAGCUCACAGGUGAAAUCCCACCAAAAUUGAGUGAACUGCACUUCCUUUCGGUAUUCAAUAUGUCUAACAAUGAACUAGAAGGGCCCGUUCCAACUGGAUGGCAGUUUGAUACAUUUGCAAAUUCUAGCUACAGUGGGAACUCCAAGCUAUGUGGCCGUAUGCUCAGCAUCCAAUGUGACUCAACAAGAACACAUCCAGCCUCCACCUCACGGGAACACAGAUCACGUCUUGCAGUCAUCUUUGGAUUUGUUUUUGGAGAACUUGCCGGCCUUGCAUUGCUUGCAUGCUUCCUGAUAGCAAAAUUGGUAUAUGACGAUCACACUGAGAACCUAGUUCUCCUUUGGAGGCGCUAGCUUUACUGACUGUAUGAUGCUUUGAGCAUUGUGAUCUUAUUAGCCUUUUUAAUUUCAUUCACUAAAUAUGAUAGUCCCGUGUAUACAUUUAUUAAACCUUUUCUAGAACUACCAGUUCUUAAACUUUGUCGUGGCAUCGUGUGUAUUGCUUUCAAAUUUGAUAAAGUGACCGGAAAUAUCAAGUACUAUAUGUAUAAAGUAAACUGAGGUUCUCAAAA